CGCGGUGGUACAGGCCGGCGGGGUGGUUGUGCGCGCGGGAGGAGUGCAGCGUGUUUGAGCUGCUAAAGCGGAGCGCUAACCGCGGUCAGACCGGAUUAAACUGCGUUUAUUCGGGUUUUAAACCGGUUUAAAGUGUUUUAUCGGAGCGGGGAGGUGUGUGAGGGGUGAGUUCGCGCUGUGUUACCGGUGUAAAGCCCGGCUCCGGCUGUCUGAGGGCGCAGGUAGCAGUGAGCUUUUCUUUUCUUCUAUUGUAAAUUUUAAACAUGACGCGGGAUUACAAACCUGGAGAUCUCAUCUUCGCCAAGAUGAAGGGUUAUCCUCACUGGCCGGCCAGGAUCGAUGAAGUGCCAGAUGGCGCUGUGAAACCGGCGAACAUUAAAUUCCCCAUCUUCUUCUUUGGAACUCAUGAAACAGCAUUUCUGGGCCCUAAGGACAUUUUCCCUUAUUUACCAAACAAAGAUAAAUACGGUAAACCCAACAAACGGAAAGGUUUUAAUGAAGGACUGUGGGAAAUCGAGAACAACCCUAAAGUAGAGCUGAACGGAGAAAAGGUGAUGGCUGUAGAAGCCGUAUCUGAGAAGGACUCAGACAGCAGCCCUGAGGGGGGAGAGGAUGGAGUGGAGAAGAUUCAGGAGAAGAAGAAGAGAUCCCCUAAAGUGGCUGGCAGUGAGGAAGGGGAGGAGAAAGAGGAGGAGAAAGAGGAGGAGGAGGAGGAGGAGGAGGAGGAUGAAGGUGAUGAUGGUGAUGAUGAUGAUGGCAUGGAGGUGUCUGAGCAGGGCCCUCUAGUGGAGGAAGACUCGACACAGAAAGAACCUGACGGAACCAAACCCAAAAGAGGCAGGAAAAAAAAGGCUGAAGCUGAGCCGGACUCAGAGAAGGAAGAUGCUGCUGCUGCUGUUAGUCCCGCCUCCAGCCCUACAGGUGGGGAAACACCGGCUCCAAAACGGAGAGGCCGAAAACCCAAAGCAGAAAAAACACCUCAGCCGCCCACAACACACGGAGAUGCUGCUCCAGAUACAGAAAAGAAGAGGAAGAGACCAGCGGAGGAUAAGAGCAAGUCUUCUGAGGAAGAGGAGGAGAAGAAGGAGGGGAAGAAGAAGAAGGACGAGAGUAAAGGAGGGAAGAAGGAGCCCGAGGCCAAGAGGAGGAAGAACGCUAAAGAGGAGGGAUCGUCUGAGUCCGAGGAUGAAGCGAAGCGAACCGGACAGGGGAGGAAACGAUUACCGAAGCAGCCGGACUCUGAGAAAGAGGACAGACGCCGCAAACCUGACGAGCCUAAAGAGAUGGGAAAAGAGGAUGGGAAGAAAGAUGAACGGAAAGGAGAUAAAAGAAAGGAGGUGUCGACCGAGUCCAGGCUGCAGAAAUUACACGGAGAGAUUAAGAUCUCUCUGAAGAUCGAUAAUCCAGAUGUAAAGAAGUGUCUGGUGGCUCUGGAUGAGUUGGGGUCUCUGCAGGUCACCACUCAGCACCUGCAGAAACACUGUGAGCUCAUCGCCACGCUGAAAAAGAUCCGCAGGUUUAAGGCGAGUCAGGAUGUGAUGGAUAAAGCGACGAUGCUGUAUAAUAAGUUUAAGACGAUGUUUCUGGUGGGGGAGGGGGAGGCGGUGCUGAGUCAGGUGCUGAAUAAAUCCCUGGCUGAGCAGCGGCAGUACGAGGAGGCUAAGAAGGGGGCGCUAAAGAGAGCCGAGCAGACCAAAGAGCAGAGCUCAGAGAGUAAGGUGAUGAAUGGAGACUCCAGUCCUGAGGAGAAGAGUGGAGAGGUGGAGGCUGAGAGAGAUGGAGAUGGAGAAGAAAACACUGCAGCUUCAGAGAAGAUCAGCAGCGCCGUGACUCCAACAGAGGAAUCUGCCUGAUGAAGCUCCGCCUCCUGUCGGUCCUGCUGCGUUUCUGUUAAACUCCUCACUGUGGGACGGAUCUGAAUAUUCUUGCACAAAGUCCAGUUCAAAGAGCACCUUUCUGUAGUGUUAACUCCUCCCACCUCUAACUUCUCCCCAAGAACUCCUCCUCCCAUCCCUAACCUCCCCACUCAGGCUCCACCCACCUCUAACUCUUAUCUCCACACAGACUCCUCACACCUAUAACCCCUACUCCCCUCACAGGGCUUUCCAAUUCAGACUCCUCCCAUUCCUAACUCCUCCCAACAGACUCCUCCCAUCCUAAUUUCUUCCUUCCCACAGACUCCUCCUAUCCCUAACUUCCCCAUUCAGGCUCCUCCCACCUCUAACUCUUAUUUUCCCAGACUCCUCCCCCACAAACUCCUCCCAUCCUAUUUUCCUUCUUCCUCGCCCCCACUUAGACCUUCCAAUUUACAAACUCCUCCCUCCCCAGGAAAAACUUAUCCCCAGACUCCUCCUUCCUCCCCUAACAGACUCCUCCCCCUCCGCAGUGUGUGAUGCUGGGGGGCGGGGCUGUGUUUUAUCUGUGAUGUUUUAGUGCCAGUCUGUGUUUUAACUGCAGAAACGUGUUCAGAGACUUUUCUAGAGUUUUAUAGAGUUAAACUCUCGUAGCUGAGGGGAGCCACGCCCCCUUUCUGACUGAGCUGUGCCGUUUUUACUGACUGAAUCAUUCCAAAGUAAAAGUCUCUGUAUUUCAAAGCUGCUAGAAGGAAAUAGGAGUAACUCGCCUUCCGACCGCAAACCCUGAAGAGAAGCAGAUCUGAACUGAGGAUUAGAGGAGAAAUACAGCAGAUUGCAGCCUGAUAUAGAAAAAUAUAAAUAAACCACUAUAGAAAACAUAUUGAUUUAAAAAAGCAAUAAUAAAAGCCAUGGUAGAAAAAACCUAUUGACUUAAAAUAUGUAAUAGAAAU